AUGUAUAUUACAUAUUUUAUAGGACUUGGAAGCAAUGGAUUAGACGGAAAUGGAGGAGGAGGAGGGGGAGGAUAUGAAGGGUUGAGAAGAGGGGGAGGAGGAGGGGGAGGAUAUGAAGGGUUGAGAAGAAGGGGAGGAGGAGGGGGAGGAUAUGAAGGGUUGAGAGGAGGGAGAGGAGGAGGGGGAGGAUAUGAAGGGUUGAGAGGAGGGAGAGGAGGAGGGGGAGGAUAUGAAGGGUUGAGAGGAGGGGGAGCAGGAGGGGGAGGAUAUGAAGGGUUGAGAGGAGGGAGAGGAGGAUUUGGAGGAUUAGGAGGGGGAGCAUUUGGAAGAGGAAUAGGAGGCGACUAUUUUGGUGGUUACAAGGGAGGAUCAGGAAAAGGCAAGAGUGGAAAACGCGGAGGAGGUCAUAAGUUCGAUUUCGGAGGAUUUUACGCUGGAGGUGGCUAA